AUGGACACGACCCCGUAUCUCGUUGCGAGGGACAUUACGGAGCUGCAUGAAGUGAUGCGACUGGUCCCAAGAGCAAAAGACUGCGUCAAAUGCGAUGACACGUCCAAGCUUCAAUGUCCUUCUUGCAAUUCCAAUGAAAGUUGUCAGUUUACCGUUCCGCUCGAUUGCACGCAAUGUCCUACGUCCUUCUGCGCGCCAAAUGAUACGCCCUCGACCGACAGUGGAAAAGGCAGUGGCGGCGGCAACGGACCAAGUGCAGGCCCUAUCGCCGGUGGUGUCAUCGGUGGUCUUGCUGCCAUUGCCAUCAUCACGUACCUUGUCUGGAGAUUUCUAAUUAAGCCCAAGAGACAAAACACCCAGGCGGUCUAUGGAGCUGAAGAGGGCGUGGCUGAGGGCGAAAAGAAUGGCAACCGGGUUACACGCCGCGCAUCGACACAUACAGUUCAUUCCAUUGCCUCGACCGUUCUCACUCGCGCUUCCAACAUUAUCCAAAUCGCCUACAUUCCCGGCGUCACCAACCGAGCCACUCCUACGUCGCCCAAUGUUCUGGUCCCCCCUGUCCCGCCGAUUCCCAUGCACCACACCGAAGGAUACCGCGAUUCUGAGGCCGAUCCUCACUUCUUCGUUCCCGGUAACUUGCGAGACUCGACAUACUCUGGUAUCUCUGCCUUUUCGGACCGAACUUCAUUUGCUCCUCCUCGCUCUAGCGUUGCGUCUACCAUCUUCGGCGGUGGCAAGCAGCAAGUCCUGACUCCGGCUCAGACCGGUAUGCGGGCCAAGCCGAUGAUGGUGAGCGUCAAGUCUGGUUCAAGCGCCCCCAGCACGCCUCCUAUUCCCAGCAUCGACUUUGACAAGUUCAACUCUUCCAAGCACCUACGGCCUACGAGUGCGGCAAGCAAUUUCAGCGUUGGGUCAACUUUCCUCAACAGUGCCAACACUGUUACCCAAGCUCGCGCACAGGUUGUCAAAGUGGGAGGCUCUGGGCUGAGAAUGGUGGAAAUUGCCUCCAAGCCUGAGGCUAACGGAUCUACCACAACACUCGGCAACAAGUCACCAGAGACACUACUUACCGUUACUACCCCGCCCACGAGCCGAGGAGAGUCGUCAAAUGAAGGACCAUUCUCUGACCCUCCAGAGGGUGGUAUGAGCCCCAAGAUUUCUGUUGAGGCUCCUUCUUCACCUGGCAGGGAAAGGGCGGCCACCAAAGAGGGCUCUCAGAAACGUGAUACUAGUCCUUUUGGUGAUGAGCACGAAACUAAAGAUUAA